GCUACCUUUUCGAUCGAUCUCUGGUAGCUUUAGUGCACUAAUUAGCACAAGUCCAAGCAGAGCUUGGUUAAUUAGAGCUAGCUCCAUGGCGAGCAGCAACUGGCUGGUGGCGGUGGCGAUGGCGGUGGCGGUGGCGAGCACGCUGCCGGCGGCGAGCCGGGCGCAGCUGCAGGUUGGGUUCUACAACACCAGGUGCCCUAACGCCGAGGCGCUGGUCCGGCAGGCCGUCGUGGCCGCCAUCGCCAACAACUCCGGCCUCGCCGCGGGCCUCAUCCGCCUCCAUUUCCACGACUGCUUCGUCAGGGGGUGUGACGCAUCGGUGCUGAUCUUCUCGCCGAACGGCACGGCGGAGCGCGACGCGCCGCCGAACAACCCAAGCCUCCGCGGCUUCGAGGUGGUGGACGCCGCCAAGGCCGCCGUCGAGGCGGCGUGCCCGCGCACCGUCUCCUGCGCCGACAUCCUCGCCUUCGCCGCCCGCGACAGCGUCAACCUCACCGGCAACACCUUCUACCAGGUCCCCGCCGGCCGCCGGGACGGCAGGAUAUCCAACUUCAACGAUGCCUUCUCCCUCCCUAACCCGAACGCCACGGCGACGGAGCUUGUCGAGGGGUUCCGGAAUAAGAGCUUGACCGCCGAGGAGAUGGUCAUCCUCUCCGGCUCCCACACCAUCGGCCGCUCCCACUGCGCCUCCUUCAUCUUCAAGAAUCGUGAACGUCUGGCGAGCGGGACAAUUAGCCCGGCGUACCAGGCGCUGCUGGAGGCGCUGUGCGCGGGGAACACGGAACAGUCGUCGAAUGUGACGACGGCGAUCGACUUGAGCACGCCGGCGACGCUGGACAACAACUACUACAAGCUGCUGCGGCUGAACCUGGGCCUGCACUUCUCCGACGACCAGCUCAUCCGCGACGCCACGCUGCUGCCCUUCGUCAACGCUUCCGCCUGCAACGAGACGGGCUGGAAGGAGAAGUUCGCCGCCGCCAUGAUCAAGAUGGGCAACAUCGACGUGCUCACCGGCACCCAGGGCGAGAUCAGGCUCAACUGCAGCGCCGUCAACGCCCCGUCGUCGUCGGCUUCCGCCGGGACGAUGAUCAUCGACACCGUCUUCCCCGACGCCGACGGCGGUGAGGUCGCCGCGAGCUAACGCGCGUACGAUAUAGUACCAACGUACGCUCUAGCGUGGUCGUCAUGUAAAAUUAAUAAUGCGUAUUUAUACUCCAUCCAUAAUGCAUAUUUAUACCUCAACGAUCCAUGCAUAUUUAUACUCCAUUCGUCCCACAAAAAAUGAAUAUAGCAUGGUAUAUGAUAUAUUCUUGUAUAACGAAUCUAAACAGAUAUAUGUUAGAUUCAUAGUGUUAAUAUAUGUCACGGUCAAUACUAUAUUUGGUUUGUAUGAAAUGGGUAGAGUGCAUGUAAUAAUUAAGAUGUCCUACUGUCGGUAACAAGUGGAGUACAACACACCUACUAGUUACCAUUCAUAUAAAUAAAUGCCAGUAACAAGUGGAGUACAACACAUCUACUAGUUGCCAUUCAUAUAAAUAAAAUUUGUGUACUUUGGCUUUGUAAUAAGUUUCGUAGUCAUGAAAAUAAUAUGCUCACACGACAUAUUUAUGUAUGAAAA